AUGGUCGAUUCAACCCCUCCAGCUCAUGAGGUGCCCGCCAUGCCUAGUGGGUUAAAGGUCGGGAAACCAAACUACAUCAUAUUCAUGCCUGAUCAGCUCCGUUACGAUUCUCUAGGCUGCAGUGGGAACAAGUACGUCAAAACGCCCAACAUUGACAAAUUCGCCGCCGAAGGGACGCGAUUUACGAACUGCUUCGUGCAGGCUUCGGUUUGUGCCCAGUCGCGGUGCAGCAUCUUCACUGGCAACUACAGCCACGUUGCCGGCCACCGCUCGCUUGAGAAUCUCAUCAAGCCCUGGGAACCCAACCUGUUCAGGUCGCUCAAAGAACGAGGCGGGUACCACGUAGCUUGCCUAGCGCCACGCGGAGAUAUGUUUGCGCCAACAGUCACCGAGCUCUCUGUCGACGAGUAUGGCUUUCUCGAGACGCCAGAGUUCACGUCACGCUGGGGCUCGUUCAAGGACGAUGACGGCAACAAAGAAGACAUCUUCAAGCGGCUCUUCUAUCGUGGUCUUCGGGACGCGAAGGAAGCAGAAGACUAUGACGACGCCGUUGUGCGUUCUGCGCUCAAGUGGCUGGAAAAGCCUCCCGAGGGCCCCUGGUUGUUGUUCAUGCCGUUGAUGUUCCCCCAUUUGCCGUUCAUGGUGGAAGAACCGUACUUUUCCAUGUACGAUCGCAGUGAGAUGCCGCCACCCAGCAGCCCAGAGGAUAAGACUGGUCACGAGCCACAAUACAUGAAGAUCAUCCGUGAAAAAUACGGGACGAGUCGCGCAACGCCCGAGAUUUGGGCCGAGAUAAAGGCGACCUACUACGGCAUGAUAUCUCGUCUUGACGAUCAAUUUGGCAAAUUGAUGGAGAAGACGAAAGCUCUUGGCCACUGGGACAACACGAUUACCAUGUUUUUCACAGACCAUGGCGAGUACCUCGGCGACCAUGGACUUGUGGAGAAGUGGCCCUCGGGCGUGUCCGACAGUCUCACACAUGAGCCCUUGAUUGUUGGAGGCUGUGGUCUGCCGAGUGGUGUCGUGUACGAGGGCAUGGCGGAGAUGGUCGACCUGAUGCCAACCUUGUUCCAAUUCAGCGGAAUACCAGAGCACUUUCCACAUUGUGGGCGAUCCAUGGCGGAACUUCUCACCUCCGCAGCCAGGAGCGGCGGUCACGGUGACGACGAAUCGUCUGUAGAACAUAAAAAGUACGCUUUCUCUGAAGGGGGCUUCCUCUCAAGCGAGGAACCUCUUUUGGAGCGGGCUGGCUACCCCUACGACAUUAAAGCGGCACUCCAACACGACGACACGGAAGUAGUGGGAAGAGCCGUAGCUUGUCGGGACAGGAAAUGGACAUACAUCUAUCGGUUGUAUGAACCACCCGAGCUGUACGAUCGAGAGAGGGAUGUGGGCGAGCUCCACAACUUGGCGGAGGAAGCUGAGUAUGUCGAGGUGAGGCGAAAGAUGGAGGCGGUCAUUCUGCGGUGGAUGAUGAGCACCAGCGACUUUGUGCCAUGGAAGAAAGACCCCAGGUUUCCAGAAGUGCUCGCAGGGAAAACGCCGAAAGAGCAGUGGGAAGCAAGAACUGCGCGGUAA